AUGGAGGAGGCGGAGGAGGCGGAGAGGAUGGACGAGAGAGACGGAGAGGAGAAGGAGCACGACGACGACGGAGGAGGAGGAGGAGGAGGAGGAGAGACAGCGACAGAUGAAGUGACUGAUGGAGCUAGCGCGAUCAGAAGCUUGAUGAGAGACUUGAAAGACGCCGAGGACAUCGAUCGACGGCUGUCAGAUCUGCGAGGGCUCUGUCUCAGGGCCGAUGACUUGCAACCUUGGACAGGUGGCAGUUGGGAAGCAAGCAUACAAGACAAGGAGAGGCAAGAGAUGAUCGCCAUGCAUGACAACUUUUUGUCUGUGAUGCGAGAGGCGCUGUGUGAACCUUGUCGACACCUCGCUGCCAUGAGGCUCAUGCAUGUGUUAGUGUAUAAGAAUGAGAGAGUGCAGCAGUACCUGGUAGAGCAGCAGGUUGUGUCUGUCAUGGAGCAGCAACUUUCACAAUCACCGCAAGUGAACGAGCAAUUGUCUUUCUUUCGAUUUCUCUUCCUUCUUGAGGAUCAUCUCGCCAGGCCUCACCUUGACAACCUCCUGCCUUCCCUCAUCGACCGACUCGCUUCUCGCUCGCGAGACCUUCAGCGCAUCUCCGCGCUUCUCAUCCACAAGUUUGUCUUCGCCUCCCCUCCUGGCAGCGCUCUCGCCGUGAUCGAAGCCUGGGAGCUGUUGGAGAGGUUCGUGAGCUUGUUUCAGCUAAGCAAGGACCAGCCGGUCAAGCUCGCAGCGCUAAGAAUCAUUCAUCAGAUCACCAGGUUGAGCGCCAACAAGCUGCAUAGCGUGGAGACAAGCUCUGUGCUAGCGGUCAUGGAGCGAGAGAGUUUCUUGCUAGCGGUGAUGGCUCAGGUCAGAGAGAACCUGACACAAGAGUUCAUCCUCACGGCCCUCGAGCUUUUCAAGUCGCUGCUUCCCUUCUGUCAAGGUCAGACUGCUGUCAAGCAACUGAUGGAGGGUCAGCUGGCGAAGGAUCCUUCCUUGUUCGCAAGCACCCUCGCCGUGAUCCUCUUGUUUCCGAUCGACAAGGUGCGAGUAGCUGGACACGAGCUGGUGGUCGCGAUGAGCUUGAGGGACCUGAUGUCUGCAGCUCUCGUCUCGCCUCUCCUCUCUGCUGCCGCUGCUGAAGCCCACGAGGCUUUUGGAAGUCGGUUCCCCCCGCUCGAUUCUCAAUCGCAGUCUGGGGAUGAUCCUUCACCCCUGCCAGCCAUGGCCAAGGGAAGCAGCUUGGCGAAGGCAGUGCGAGGGUCAGAGGAGCUUCACUUCUUCCUUGAGACGACGAGGGGAGAAGACCCCACGAGGAUGGAGUUGCUGCUGUGCUUCUUGCAGGCCAACCCCUCGCACAUCAACCGCGAGCUGAUAGCUGCUGCCAAGAGGUCACUCGAGCGACGCGUGAAGGAGAGGAGCUGGAAGGAAGCGAGCUUGUUGAGUCGGCUGCUGGAUCAGAUGCUGGAGGGCAGGACGGAGGAGCUGGUGGACGAGGCUCAUCUCGAUCGCUCCCUCAAGCUCUUGCGCUCAGUUGUUGGAGGAAGCAGACGCGCGGGUGACGGCGGGGAGGAACUUUCAUGCAUGAGAGACUUGCUGGCUCGCCUCAUCUCCUCCAACGUCUUUGCGGCCCGAGUCAUGCGGGAGAGCGGAGGGGUGGACUUGUGUCUCAAUCUCCUCUCCUCUCCCCUCUCCUCGCACGCUCCUGCCGCCCUGACGCUCCUGCAUGCGACCUACAAGAGCUCAGCAGCAGCUGGCCUCAGAUGCUUCGACGUCGAAGAGCUCAAGGUGCUGGUGCCGCACGUGAAAGAGAGCAUUCGCAGCUCGCUGAUGCGCGGGGGUGAGGACGUGGGCGAUGGAGGAGUGUUGGACCUCUGCCUCAACUUGUUCAUUGGCGCCUUUCAGCAUCACCUGCCGGAGCGCAAACGAUUUCCGAUGACACCGAGAGAGCUGACGUCAGAGUCCUGCUGUGAGAGCUUUCCCUUUCGUGAGCUCGUCUCAUACGAGCUGCAGCGGGACUUGUGUAAGCUCCUCGUCUCAUCUCUCAGCUCCAUCCCUUGUCGCUUCGAGCUUAGGAUCGCAAGGCUGCUGACCGUCAUCGCGUACCUCCAUGCCUUUGACCUUCACCGGCAACGCACCAACAUGUCCUCUGAAGACGUUCAGCUCUUGCAAGGUCUUGUCAGCUCACAAGCGAUGCUGUCGCUCUACUCGGAGACGUUACGAGGCUGCUUGAGCUUGUUUCUUGCCGCCAUAUCCGCAAAGAAGACGCAAGAACUGCUCACCGACGAAGUUGUCCGUCGCUUCUCUUACGCGUUCGAUGGCAACAUCAACGUAGAGAUGCAGCUGCUUGAAAAUUCAAUCUUGUUAGUUUGCAGAGCUGAACCGUCAAUGAGGUUGAAGAUGUGUUACCCUGCGGUCUUGGACGAGAUCUGUCUCAACGUGUGCAGGGGCGUAGAACGAGACGGUGUGUCUGCGAAGAUGUUUCAGAGUCUUGUCACUACUGAACUGCUUGGGGAGAACAAGCUCGACAAGAUUCUUGUGAUGUUCACAAGGCCUUGUAUCCGAAGCAUGCUGCAAAGAUUGCUGCAGUACCUCAGACGCUCAGACAGGGCGCCUGACAUGACAGGGAGGUACACUGACAUCAUCUCAAAGAUGUGCGAGAUUUCUGACAUGCAAACAUUCUUGUUCGGACAAAACUUGUUUGAGGUUCUGAUGGAUGCCUUGAAAGACCGUGACAUGAUGAACGUUCAGCAUGUCGUCAAGUGUCUUGCAGACAUUGCGAGAGGAAAAGACAAGGAAGAGAUGAGGCAGCGGCUGGUGGAUCUUGGUCUGAUACCCAGGUUGAUUCAUCUUCUUGACAAGUCUCAACUGCUGGGUCUCAUGCUGGGGAUCGUUGAACUUUUGCCUCUCCUUUCUUUGCAUCUCUCGCUGCAAGAGGAGAGGGUUCGCCUCUUGCUCGCCCUCUUCCUCACCUUCAGGUCCAGCUCGUCGCUGCUGCUCACGAGGCAGCUACUGCCUGCCAUAGCGUCUUUCAUUCAGAGCCCAGCUGACGCCCACCUCUUCGUCGAACAUGGCGGAAUGGAGAUGAUGCUCGAAAGGGACGGGAAGGUUCACCGCUCGUCAGAGGCGCUGAAGAUGAUGAGAACAAUGCUUGUGCUUGCUCGUCGAAACGAAGAGAAGGGGAACGUCAUAGUUGAAGAGAUCGCUACACAAGAAACGAUGACGCAAGUCCUUGACCUGUCUGAAACCUCUGACUUGAACAUCUCCAAGACCAGCCUCAAGGUCUUUGAAGAAAUCCUUCAGCGAGGUAUUCCAUGCACUCAACAAUUUCUUGACGAUUCAUUCAACCGGUUGAAGGACAAUGAUGGGCAGAAACGAUUCGAGCAGCUCCGGCCUUACAUCUUCGUCAACAUGUGCUUGCUGGCGUCGCUUCUUGACGACAAGAAAUUUCUUCUUCUCCUGCCGAGGGUCAAGCAGUACCUCCGAGCUGACAGCGGCAAGACGGUCAAGGCAGCCCUCAAGAGCAUCGUGUGCUUGGCCAAGUUCGAGAACGUCAGGUCCCAGCUGAGAGGUCUGAACCUCCGCGACCUUCUGCUCCUUCGCAUGUCUGCCUGUCGCUACGAGUGUCGCCGCGUUGCUGCUCGAGUGCUGGAGGUGCUACUGGGACACGACCUCAGCUGGCGGCUGGUCUCUUCCGACCUCGUGCUGCGGCUGCUCGAGAUGCUGAGCUCUCGUUUGGAGUUUGACAACUUGGAGGCCUUGAAGGCUCUCAACCAGGUGCUCCGCCUCCCUGACAGCUUCGCCGAUUGUGUGAAGCUGGUCAAGCCUGCUGGGGGUCAGGAUGGCCUGCACCUGGUGAGCUCCCUGCUGCAUCGAACUGAGUCAGAGAGGAUUAAGACAGAGUGCUGUAAGUUCCUUCGCCUCGUCGCCCGCGACAAGUCCUGGUCGUUCAUCGUGUGCCAGCUGUCAGCUGUGGUGGUCAGCGAGAGCCUGUUGAGCUCGAGCGAGAGCUUGGUUCUCUCGUCUCUCCAGUGCGUCGAGGAGCUGAUAGCAGAAACAAGCAACUUCGCGCUACUCAAAGCUCAGGGCAUUCUCGUGAUCUGCAACAACUUGCUUGAGAUGGCGAAUGCAGCUGUUGUCGUCAGUGCUUGCCACGUCAUCGCUGCCUUCGCACAAGACGAGAGCAGCAGAAAAGCAAUGCUGGUGUGCGGGACCAUGGAGAGGUUGUAUGAGAGGUAUGAGGGGGGGGAGGAGCGAGUCUCGCAGUCCGUCAGCGUCUGCCUGCAGCGCCUCAUGGAGCAUCGCGACAUGUCGCUGGCGUUUUACGAGCACCAUCGCCCUCAAGCUCUCCUGCUGCCCUUGAGCCAGCCCGUUUCAAGUGCAGCCAAACGAUCAGCAGCCAAGGUGAUGGCCAAGUACCUGCGACAUGUUCCGUUUGAGAGCGAAGGCUCGAGCAAGUCUCUGACCUUGGCGAGGGAGUUGGUUCAAGCCUUGCUUGCUGAACCUGAUAUCUCCGUCGCAAGCGAGCUCUGUGCUGCUGUCGCCGCAAGCAUCGGCAACAGGAGCAGGCACAAGGAGGGUUACAAGAAGCUUCUCGUCGAUGCUGGUCUGCUGGUGGGGGCCAAGAGGCUUCUGCUCGCUGCCUCGGAAACUUUCAUCCUCGUCGCUGCCAACGUCUUGCUCAAGCUCAGUGACCUGGAGCAGUGCAGGCAGUUUGUGCUCGAGCAUGGUCUCAUCUCCGCCCUCAAGGACGCGGCUGCUUCUCAUCGCUCCUGUGCCAUUCCGGCGAUGAGGGCGUUGGCUUCCUGUGCGAGGGGACACGUCGGGCUGAGGUUGCAAGCCCUUGAGUGCGGAGCUGUGGAGGCUGUGCUGGCCUCGCUCAAGUCCCUGGCAGUCAGAGGAGGAAGAGAGGAGGAGGGCGAGGAGGAGGAGGGAGAGGAGCAUGUCAAGAGGAGCGUGGAUGGGCUGGUUGGACUGCUGGAGUGCAAGCGAUGUCAGGUGUUGUCUGAGAGCGAGCAUCACUUCCAGGCUAAGUUCCAAGGUGAGAUUGUCGUCCUCCGCCAGUGCCUCCCUCGCUGUUCGCACGCCGACGCCUGCAGGAGCUGCUUGUCCCUGGCUCUCGAGAAUGGAGCCCAGCAGGUUUGUCUCCAGCUGCUGCAGCACGGCAGCUGGAGGAUGCGUGAGCUGGGAACGACUUUGCUCCUCUGUCUGCUACCUGCAAGGGAGUUCAAGAAGGAGCUGAAGGAGAUGCUGGCGGGGGACGAGGGGCUGUUGGAGGGCGUCACAGCGUCACUGGAACACAUGCUGGGCUCGCGUGAGAAUGUCCAGUCAGUCAAGAUGGCGGCUCGACAGUCUCUCGCUGCCCUCCUCGCAGCUGCCGUCUGCCUGGAGGACGACACGCGACUGAGGCUGUUGAGGUCAAAAGUCCUCAGCCUCCUCGUCGCCUGCCUCUCCUCCACCGACUUCCCCACCAGAUGCUGCGCCUCCUACGCCCUCGCCAGACUCUGCGCGAGCGACAGGUUGAGCUUCUACUGGAGCAGGCAGCGAGAGGUCGCUUCUUGGGAGCUGCCGCAGGAGCUGCGGGGAUAUCAAGAUUCGUCGGGGCGAUUGCUGGAGUUCAGCGAGGAGGAGGUCAAGUACGACCAAGAGAAGAAGGGCUUCCGUGUGCGAGGCGUGUUCAAAGCGUUCGAACGCAUCCUCGUCUGCGACAUUCUUCUCAGCUCCUCUUUGACCUACAAGUCAAACGCAACUUUCUUCAAGCUCAAGGCUGACCCGCGCGUUGUGACAGACAAGAUCGUGCUGGCAAGCAUGACGGACAUGUUAGAAGGAGAUGUCACAGAAGAAGCAUACCUCUAUGCCGUCGAAGCCAUCAUCACCCUCUCUCGCUUCCGCCUCCCCAAAGAGUUCUUGCUCAAGCAUCAAGUCUUGACUAAGUUGAUUGACAAGUUCAACCAGGCAGGCGACGCGUCUUUGUUGAAGGAGAGACUCCUGACAGCAAUCGUGUCCAUCAUCCCCGACCCGACUAGCGUUGAGAUCCUUGAAACUUGUCGCUUCCCGCAGCUGCUCAUCACUUUGAUCAAAAGCCAAGCAUCGUCUCGCACGCUCAUUCAAACAGCCUCCGUGGCUCUCGCCAAAUUGUGUCGAGACGAGAACUUCAACCUGCGCAAGCACGCGGCAGACUUGACGGAGCUGGAGCUGGAGACGUUCUCUCGUAGCGACGAGCAGCUCUUCGUCUUCUGGCUCGACCUCCUUGUUUCUCUCUCCUCCUACACCACCUGCCAGUCGGAGCUCGCGCGGUCAAGCCUGCUGCCUCAGCUGAUCGCGAGGCUCAAGGAAGCAACGGCUCUCCCCGUCAAGUCUCGCCUGCUCAUCGUCAUCACCAACUUGGUCUCGUUGCAGGCGAACAUGGUGCAGGCGAUCGAGUGUGGGAUCUUGCUGCACGUAUCGAGGUUGGCGGGGGAGGAGGAGCUCAGGGUGGUCGUGCUGUUGUCCCUGCUGUCGCUCUUGCGAGAGAGGAAGCUGCGAGAUCAAGCAGCAGACCAUAACCUGCACCUCCUCUGCUGCGACCUCACCGACCGUCUCAUGAAGCCGCAGCUCUCAUCAACGCAAGCAGAUCAGCCGGACAGUGAGAGCGAGGAUGCGAGGAGCAAUGGCGAUAGAUCAGACGGUCAGGUCAUGACGCUGAUCGCGAGGAUCAUGCUGAGCAUGUCGAGUGGCAGCGCUCAGAGUGUGAGGAGGGUGGCAGGGCCUGAGAGUUUCGCAGCCCUGAAGCUUCUGCUGUCGCGACAGGAGCCAGACAUCCAACGCGACGCUCUCCUCGCCCUCCGUAACUUGAUCUCUGGUCGCUCCGACUUGGCGGCGACCCUUGAGGAGGAGGUUCUGGUCAAGAUCGCGCGGCUCCUGCAGACUCCUCGUCCUCUCGUUCAGCGCGAAGCUGCGAACCUGAUCAUCUCCAUCUCCUCCUUCCCUCGCGUUCGCCCGGUUCUUCUCCAGCACGGCACCUCCAUCGGGCUGCACGCCAUGCUCGAGUCUGGUCAGCCUGAACUGAAGGAACUCGCAACGCUCGCCAUGCGACGGCUGGGGCUGCGAUAG